AUGCAAAACCAGCCUAUUCCUCAGCCCAAGUCUUCACGAGCCUCUCACACGCCUCAGCAACAAACCUUGACGCAACCGCCUCCCCCACAAGCGGUUCAGCAGCAAGAUGUUGUAUCGAAGCAGGAACAUCAGGCGGGCGAGAACAUGGAGGUCGACAAUCAGCAGGACGGUGACGAUGACACACCUGCCAUUGACUCCAGCAAGAUGAUGGACGACUCGUCGUACAUCCCAAGCCAACCGCUGGGAGAAUUAAUGUCCCCCCCUCCUGAGGGUGGUAGUUACCCCACGCUUGAAGCGGUCCAAAAAGCGGUGCUGAAAUAUUGUACCUCGGUCGGCUAUGCUAUUGUCAUUGGCAGAUCAAAGAAGACGGUUCCGGGGCUGAAGAAAGUUUUGUUCGUGUGCGAUCGAGCUGGCAAGCCUCCGAAUCGCGUCAGCCCCGAGUUCCGCAAGAGGAAAACGUCUUCGCGCAAGUGCGAUUGCCCAUUUGGGUUCUUCGCGAUCGAGCAGAGAACGCAGUGGACGAUCCGGUAUCGCCCCGACCGAGCGCAUCUGCAGCACAACCAUGGGCCUAGCGAGGGCCCAUCAAACCAUCCAGCCGCUAGGAAGCUCAGCAGCGAGAUGGUCACGGCAGUGAAACACCUCAAAGAGAGUGGUAAGGACCUACCCAAAUCCCAGCUACAGUUUGCUCGUAACGCAGACUCACAAGUUGUAGGCGCUGGCGUUUCAGAGACCUUGGCCAUUCUGCAGAAUGACAACCCGGACUGCCACCUGAUUCCCCGGGACAUCUAUAAUGCACGAGCGGCCAUCAACAGAAAUCCUCCAAAGACCUCGACUGGCGUUACGGAACCUCAACCGACCAUUUACACGAAGCAGGUGACAUCAUCAGAGGACAGGAUCAGGGCAGAGCUGCGCCGUGAACUGUCCAAAGCUCGAGAAGACCUCAAGAAGGUCGAGGAAGAGAAACAGAAGGAAAUCGACCAGCUCAAGUUGGACAUCGAAGAGAAGGACAAGCAGAUCAAACGAUUCGAAAUGUUUAUUGAUAUUUGCAAUCAGCGUGUUAUGGUGCAAAGAGAGCGACUUCUGGACGGGAUCCCGACACCUGGGAACAAUUCAAGUGCUUGA